UAGUUCCCAGACCAGGGAUAGAACCCAUAUCCCCUGCAAUGGAAACAUGGAGUCCUAGCCACUGGACCACUAGGUGGUGGUCUCUCUUCCUUAUUUAUGUCCCCCGUCCCUGGCAAUGGCAGUCAUGUCUGUCCCCACCUAUUCCAGUCCUUACCAGGGGUGGCAUUCUCUCCCCCAUUUCCUGUCAGCCCCUCUGCCCAAGGCUGGCCCUGGUUCCUUGCACUGAUCCUGUUGGACCUCCAUGGGAAGAGGAGGGCUUCUGGUUUUUCCUAGCUAGCUGCCCAACCCUUCUAACCCCCAGACUGCACUCUCUGAAAUCUGCCAGAGCAAGGGAGGAGUGGAGCUGAAGUUAGUCAGACUGAAUCCAUGGUGGUGGUGUGUGUUGCUCAAACCCAGACCAUUUGAUUGCUACUAUGAACAUUACCCCUGGCCUCUGUUGACCUAGCAGUGGUAGACAAUGUAAGAAAUCUGCAUUUUGCAUCUACGUUUUUAAAUUUGUUUACUUUAAAUUAGUAUAUAAUGUAUGUCUAUAAAUUAUUAUAAAUCAUUUGUAUUUACUUAUAUUCUCUUUAUUUAACCCCUUUUUGGUCCUCCCUUCUCCAUGAAGAUUCCAGCUCAUUCAGGUUGUGCUUAGAAGAGCCAAGAAGGGGCUCUUCUCUGUGGUGUAAACACAGAUUCUCCCAUGGACCAGCAGCAGGAGUGGGGAGAUCUUGGGAAGGUGGUGAACUGAGGAUAUCAGUCCCCCUUCCAGGAACCUGGGAAUUUCUGUGUCCUUUUGCCAAGGUCUGUGGGUGGGUAGUUCUCUGGCCUCCUGCAAUAACCACCUGUGGAGUCUCCUGCCCCAUCCUCCCCCUAAAAAUGGCCAAGCCAACCCGCCUCUGCUGCCAGCUGGCUCCCCACCCCACAAAAGCCAGGCCCCCCGGUCUAGCUGCGGUCAGCCACCUUCUUCACUGCAAUUUUCGGACCUCCCUGUCCCCCGCCUGCCUUGCCCACCCACCCUGCUUGGCUGCUUGUAAAACUAGCAAUACUUUGAGACCCAUGCAUGAGUCCCAUUUCCUGAAGGCGGAAUUACCCUCCUCAGCUUCACAGCACCUUCUUCCGGGAGUUUAUCACAUGUUUGGCACAACGUGCUCUGGCGCGAGUGGGGGGUACUGACGUAUGCACCAGUAACAGGCUGCUAACCGAAUAGUCUUUCCAGGUAUCUGCCAAGUCUGCAAAGCCCUUUCAGUUACCAGCCCCUGUCCCUUCUCACACCCCGUGCAGCUCUGCAGGAAGACCGCAUUUUACAGACUAUUGAGCCUCCCUCACCCACAGCGACCAGGCAUCAGCCCGCAGCUUCCAGCCAACGCAGCACGAGACCUUCCAGUCGCCAUUUCCCGCCCAAAGUGACAGCCAAUCAAAAGCAAGUUCGCCCAUUAAGGAAACGGCCAAUCGCCAUUGGGGGUCCUGGCCUGGGGUCCGCCCCCAAAGUGGUCGGAGCCAAUGGCAGUUGCGCGGCCGGCAAGCCAAUCAGGAUACGGCGUGUGCUGCGGCGGGUUGGCAGUUGGGCGCGUGGCGUCGGACUGAGAGGAAGUUGGGUGGUAGUGAGGCCAGGUGGUGAUUACCAUGCGUGAGUGCAUCUCUAUCCACGUGGGGCAGGCGGGGGUCCAGAUCGGCAAUGCCUGCUGGGAGCUGUACUGCCUUGAACAUGGAAUUCAGCCCGACGGCCAGAUGCCAAGCGACAAAACCAUUGGCGGUGGGGAUGACUCGUUCAACACGUUCUUCAGUGAGACCGGGGCUGGCAAGCAUGUGCCCAGAGCCGUGUUCGUGGACCUGGAGCCCACCGUGGUAGAUGAAGUGCGCACGGGGACCUACAGGCAGCUCUUCCACCCGGAGCAGCUGAUCACCGGGAAGGAGGACGCGGCCAAUAACUACGCCAGAGGCCAUUACACCAUCGGCAAGGAGAUCGUUGAUCUGGUCCUGGACCGGAUCCGCAAACUGGCGGAUCUGUGCACGGGCCUGCAGGGCUUCCUCAUCUUCCACAGCUUCGGGGGCGGCACCGGCUCGGGCUUUGCGUCUCUGCUCAUGGAGCGGCUCUCGGUGGACUAUGGCAAGAAGUCCAAGCUGGAGUUUGCCAUCUACCCGGCCCCCCAGGUGUCCACGGCCGUGGUGGAGCCCUACAACUCCAUCCUGACCACGCACACGACCCUGGAGCACUCGGACUGUGCCUUCAUGGUGGACAACGAGGCCAUCUACGACAUCUGCCGGCGCAACCUGGACAUAGAGCGGCCCACGUACACCAACCUUAACCGUCUGAUCGGGCAGAUCGUGUCCUCCAUCACAGCCUCCCUGCGCUUUGACGGUGCCCUCAACGUGGACCUGACGGAGUUCCAGACCAACCUGGUGCCCUACCCCCGCAUCCACUUCCCCCUGGCCACGUAUGCUCCAGUCAUCUCGGCCGAGAAGGCCUACCAUGAGCAGCUGUCCGUGGCCGAGAUCACCAACGCCUGUUUCGAGCCAGCCAACCAGAUGGUCAAGUGUGACCCUCGCCAUGGCAAGUACAUGGCCUGCUGCAUGCUGUACAGGGGGGACGUGGUCCCCAAAGAUGUCAAUGCGGCCAUUGCCACCAUCAAGACCAAGCGCACCAUCCAGUUUGUGGACUGGUGUCCGACUGGGUUCAAGGUGGGCAUCAACUACCAGCCCCCCACAGUGGUCCCGGGGGGAGACCUGGCCAAGGUGCAGCGGGCCGUGUGCAUGCUGAGCAAUACCACGGCCAUCGCCGAGGCCUGGGCCCGCCUGGACCACAAGUUCGACCUCAUGUACGCCAAGCGUGCCUUCGUGCACUGGUACGUGGGGGAGGGCAUGGAGGAGGGCGAGUUCUCGGAGGCCCGGGAGGACCUGGCAGCACUGGAGAAAGAUUACGAAGAGGUGGGUGUGGACUCGGUGGAAGCGGAGGCCGAGGAAGGGGAAGAGUACUGAACGGGAGGGAGUGGCUAGUGGCCCCCUGUA